ACGAUGAUUGUUCUUCUCACUCUCGCGGCAACAGCGAUCGCGAUCAUCUUCAGGCAUGCGCUCUUACGCUGGAGAUAUAGAGCUCGCGCAAGAAGCUUGGGAUGUCAGCCAAUCAGGUACUAUCCACACUGGGAUCCCGUGUUUGGUACAGAUGUGCUCUUUGGAACCAUCAUCAACAUGCUUCUCAAACGAAAGCCGCCCCAGAACGUCUUUUGGGAUGAACCACCUUACGGAAAGACGUAUGCCACCUUAAACCAAGGAAGAGACUGGAUCACCACGGUAGAACCUGAAAACAUUGAAGCCAUUUUUGGGAAAGCGGUUUCCUUAACGGGAGACGAUGGCAUCAAGGGUUCGCGGACCGAAGAGGUGUGGGGAAACGCUCCAUUGCGCUCAGUCAUGGAACCUUUUUGCGGAAAAGGCUUCAUUACAACCGAUGGAAAAGAGUGGCAACACUAUCGAAACCUACUGAAGCCAAGUUUUGUCAAAGCAAAUGUGUCAGAAAUGAGUUGGUUCAAAGCUGCUGCAAGCGACUUUGUGGCAAAUUUACCGAAAAAUAAUCAGACAGUCGAUAUGUCUCAACGGCUAGAUCAAUUCUUUCUGAAUGUUUCACUAAAUUUCUUGCUUGGUAUCCGAAAAGAGCAGGAAAGUACAGCAAUGGACCAGCUUGCUGUCGAAGAAUUCCUCCAGGCUUUCCACGAAGCAGAGAUGGGCGCGGGUAUGAGAGUAUUUUUCGGAAGAUUGGGACCAUUGUUACCCAGAAAGAAGUGGAUGCAAGUUUGCGAAAAAGUCCAUAGUUUCGUUGAUGGGCGUGUCCGGCAGGCGAUGCAAUCACAACAACCGUAUCCGCCUUCUGCAAAACCCAUCAAGAGCCUGCUGCAUAAUUUGACCACCCAAACCAGCGAUGUGCAAGAGAUACGUAGUCAGGUUAUUCACGGUAUCAUGGCCUCACAAGAUACUACAUCUGUCUUGCUCAGCAACACAAUAUUUCUUCUUUCCCGCCAUGCCUGGGCAUGGGAUCAUCUGAGAUCCGAGAUAAAAGGGAUACCGCCUGAAUACUGGACUUUUGAGGCUCUUCUCAACUUCAAGCCCGUGAGAAAUAUACUGUUCGAAACACUGCGUCUGUACCCAGUCUUCAGAAUACUAGGUCGCCAGGCACUGCAAGAUACUGUAAUACCACUUGGCGGGGGCAAAUCAGGCACACAUCCCGUGUUCGUCGCCCGCGGAUCGUCGGUUGCCGCCAAUAUAUUUCCACUCCAUCGCAACAAACACAUAUUCGGUGAGGAUGUCGGCUCUUUUCGACCAGCACGAUGGGAGGCAAUAAGACCGAAACGGUGGGAGUUUCUGCCAUUUGGAGGUGGACAACGUCAAUGUGUCGGAAAAGACAAGGCGUUGGCUGAAGCUUCGUAUAUGCUUGUCUUACUGGCUAGUCAGCUUACGGCAAUCCAAAGUCGAGAUGACAGGGAUUGGACACCCCAGGUCAAGCUAACUGUUCGUAAUGCGAACGGAAGUCUAGUCGCUUUGGGGUAG